CUGUCUUCCUGUCAGUCUGUCAGGCUACACACGCUCUCAUUUACUCAAGACACAUAGACACAGCGAGGCAAGCAGGGAGGUCAGAAAGAAAGAUCACAGAUAGGUGACAGGCAGGCUCGACUCGCCGACACACAUACGCGCGCACACAGAGAGAGCCGACAUACGGCGCCCGAUGUCGGGCAGACAGACAGACAAGCACCAGCGGAUGAGUCGAAACAAUCAUGAUCACUCACUCACUUGAACAAAUAAACAAGCAAACAAACAAACAAACAAACACACUGACACACACACGGAUAGAGAGACACAGAGACAGAGCAAGGGCGCAGAUACACACUCCCGUCACACACGGCGGACACACACACCACAACAAAUUGAGCGGAUCGGUUGGAUUCCCGCUUAUGUAUACUAUGUCUGUACAUAACUGUCCUGCCGAAAAACGCUAACUGCUUCACGGCCAGCGCGCCGGACGGCCUGGUUUUUGGCGAGGAGACGAAUCAUUCACUUCCUGACAUUUAAAGCGUAGGGAUUUUUGAGAGAAUGUCUCGGUGUCGCUGUAGGGCUUGACGCAUCCUGCGUAUGCAUAUAUGAGCCGGCUGCACAUUUCGUCAAGCCCUACAGCGACACCGAGACAUUCUCUCAAAAAUCCCUACGCUUUAAAUGUCAGGAAGUGAAUGAUUCGUCUCCUCGCCAAAAACCAGGCCGUCCGGCGCGCUGGCCCCCCAGUAGAGCAUGGUCACGUAUAACUACUCCUCUGUCCCUCACCCCAAUGUAGCCCUCGGGCACAUCGUCUGCAUCGGUGGACUGACGGCAUCCGAGGAUGUCGUCAGUGCUCAACGGCCAACAACCGCCCGACGAUGACCUGCCCAACGACAGGUCCCUGCCGACAGCCAUUCUCGCAUUAUAACGAGGCACAAGCCCCCCAGAACACGGAGCCAUCGGUCCCCCCAAAUCUGAGACGCCACUAGGACAUCCUGGCUCUUUCGAUCGAUCUCUAUCUUGGUCGCAUUCUCGUAGUGGCCCGCCAGGGAGAAGAACCACACGUCACUGUCGUACCCGUGCCACCUCGGCAUCAUGCCGGUGCCAUCGAAGGCGGGCAGCCUGAUGCUCUCACUGAUGAAGGCGCCGAACACGUACUGGGCGUUGCGGAUGACAAUCACCACGUUGGGCUUGUUCUCAACACAAGUCAGCAUAUCGCCAUAUCGAGUACCGUCCCAAGGGGACCUGCAUAACACACACACAGAGGACAGACAGUCGCUGCGGAUGCUCUCGUGCGCACGCACAAGUAUGCCUGCAUGUGUGAGUAAGCGAACCUGUAGAGCAUUGUGAGUGUUGUGUCAUUGCCCAGCAGAUGCAGACGACGGACCUGCACACAAAGCAAAGCAACAGACAGACAGACAGACAGGCUGAUGAUACGUGUGUGUGCGUGUGGUACAGACAUACAUGCUACCACACCGGUGUUGUGUCUGUGGGCGACGUGAAGGCAUCGCAGAGAGACAGCCAGCAUCAUGCCACGCAGAGUGUGACGGUGAAGGCCAGCAGCAUCAUGCCACGCAGAGCCACCAUUGUGCGCACGUGGAGGGAACGAGGACACUGACAGAGAUCUGGCCGCGACACCGGAAGACUAUAAAAGGCACGCGGACGAGGGAAGGAUAAGAU